GCGCAGUACAAUAAUAGUCGUUGUGCUUUGUUCAACUCAAGUCUUCCUGGAUUUACUGUGGUUUGGGUCUGUUGGUUCGUGGGUGUCCGCUUGCCCAAGCAGACCAUAACCCUGCUGGAAAAGCGGAAUAGUCUAGAUACUCCACAGGGCUGCGCUAGCUCGCUGUUGGACUGUCACGCAAACACAUCACGGGAAGACUGUCGGUGCUGUGAAGGUCAUUGAAGAUGUCGUGGGAGAGUCCAGUUUUCAUCAGACUUCUCCCUGAAAUGAUCCGUACUUUCACAGCGGAAACAUUACGAACUGAGUGCGAGAGUAGACAACUGAUUACAAACAACCAAAAGAUUAAGUUUGAAGCUUACACAGGUUCGGCUAAGCAAAACGAGGCCUUGUUGGAUGCGGUACGAACAGGAGACGAUGAGUCGUUCCAUGACUUCCUGGAGUGUAUUCGCAACGCGCAUGUCAUGGCCAGUGUAAGGAAGAUCCUGGAGAAGCUGGACCCCAUCGACAAGUACAGAAAACCAGCAGAAUCUGCCACUCCCGUGUCCAAAACAACAGAUCCUGGCAAACAAGAUCAGGCAACAGGUUCAUUCCCCGCUGGUGCUGGUGUUGCUGCUGGUGCUGCUGCAGCAGCUUCAGACAACUGGCCACAAGGACAGAAACUCCUGUCCGAAGUGCACGACUGGGAGGAAUUCAGCAGGAGCUUGGAAGGGUGUGUUAGCCGCGUGAACCGUGAGGGCUUUGCCAAAGCCGUUGCGGUACUGAUUGAUCCGGACAACGCCAACGGUUUCAAAGAUACCAUCCAGGACUUUAUUGCACGCAAUGGCCAUGGCAGUACAGACUUACAGAACAAUCUGUAUGGUGUUAUAAGAUGGGCGGUGGACAAAAGGACAAUACACGAAGUCACACUGGCCGAGUUGGAGAAGAUAGCGCUCCGCCUCAAUCCCGAUAAGAAGAAAUCGAUACACAAGACAUUCCGCAGGAACUCUGGUUUGGUGUGAACGACUUCUAACCAUGGGCCAACCUCGUUACCUCCAUGCAGACCGGCAUUAACUCCACCAUAGCAUGGAUGGAAGCUUGAAAGCUGAGGCCCAACAUCGCGAAGACCGAAGCAAUGUUCAUCAGGCCCUUGCGCUGCUUCUAAAAAUCCUGUUUCGCAAAAAUCUAACAUUCUCCUCCCAACGUCUCUACAGUUUAGCUUCAGUAUCUCCCCUCUUAGAGCGACACCAGCAACAUCUUUGCAUCCUUGUACACAUGAUCUUAUUAGACCUGGCUCCAAAACACUUUGCUAAGUAUAACUGGUUUGUGCCCACCAGAUCAACACGUCAUUCCUUCUCAUUACCCCGUGCCAAUACCUCCCUGUUUCUGAAAUCUCCUAUCUUCUCUGCGUACACUCUCUGGUCUUCCCUGCCAACUAGCCUUAAACUUAAAGCAUGCACAGACAUUAAGGAGUUCAAGCUUCAGCUUCUUCGUCCUAAAUAAUCUCACCAUUUUCGUCAGCCCUCCCCUUGCAGUACUCUCUUUGUUUCUCUGCUUAUUAUUCAGUUCGCCGUGGGUGGCUACCACCCGACUUCUCAUAUAUGUUGGACUCAGUAGAGCGUCCAGCCCCUAUAUGAUGUCCAACCCCUAUAUAGAGUCCAUCGGUCCAUAA